AUGAGCUCAUAUCGAGUUUCAAUUGCUAUGCUGUUCUUAUGUCUUCUGAAAGCAUCCACAGCCGAUAGUUCUGAUCCAACUCACUCCACAGCUGAAUUUUCUGUUAACUGUGGCUCACUUGGAACUUUUGCAGCACGUAAUGGCCGGGAAUGGAUUGGGGACGUAAUGAAGCCAAAGCCCACUUCAUUGGUACAAAUACAGGGCUCUUCAACAACCUCAACAGUUAACACCAAGUUGAUUACUGCUGAUCCAAUUCCACACAAGACGGCGAGAAUAUCUCACAGUCGAUUCUCUUAUAUAUUUCACGUGAAGCCAGGUCAGAAAAUAAUCCGCCUUCAUUUUAACCCGUCUCCCUACAAAGGUUUUAAAGGUUUCAAGGACUUGUUCACCGUUGAAGCCGGUCCUUUCACCUUGCUUGAUAAUUUCAGUGCUGCACUCACUGCCGAUGCUCUUGGCAUGAGUUCAUUUUCCAAGGAAUUCUGUUUGAACGUUCAAGAAAAUGAACAACUUCGUAUUACUUUUUCUCCAGAAAACAUUGAGUCACUAGAUACAUAUGCUUUCAUUAAUGGUAUCGAGAUUAUCUCCGUGCCCGCCAGUGUUUCUUAUUUUGGCGGUGGAGGUUACGUAAUCCAGGAAGUUGGUCAGAAUUCCUUGAUCGGAGUUGAUCAACACACUGCACUUGAAAUAGUCCACCAGCAAAAGAUAAAGUACAGUGCUGUUCAGCCUAGUGGAGAUUUUGAUGAAACUUUCCCGAUAUGGAGAUUUCCUGAAGCGGACAAGGCAAAAGCUACAUGGAGAAUACCUGUUGACGUGGGAUUCAGGUACAUGAUCAGGCUUCAUUUCUCGGAGAUGGGACUCAGGUUUAUCGUGGCUGGUGAUGUGAUGUUUGAAGUCCUUAUUAAUGAAAUGGUUGCUCUAACUAAUAUUGACAUGGUGGAAGAAAUGGAUGAAAAUUACAUGUCCUUGUAUUAUAAGGACUGCUUGAUCAUGGUGCGAGGGAACAAGAAUGAAGGUAGACGUGAUCUCUCGAUUUCUUUGAAUUCACACGAUGAUCUCAUUGAUGGGCAUGGUCUCCUUGUUGGAUUUGAGAUCUUUAAGUUGAGCAAUCCUGACUAUAGCCUUGGCAGUCCAAAUCCCUUGCCCCCAGCUAAUGGUUCAUCUUCCAAGACUAUCCGAAAUUUGUUCUUGGCUCUUUGUCACCGGAAUUUAAUUUCAACUGCUGCAAUUUCUAUGAUUUCUCUGGCAUGCAUCAUUGUUCACAAGUCUUGGGAAUAUUUGGAGGCUAAUUAUACUAAGGAGGAAAACAAGCCAUCAGACAGGGCUGAACGACUCUGUCGCCGUUUUUCACUAACCGAGCUCCAACUAGCCACUAGAAAUUUCAGCGAUGCACUUCUAAUCGGAAGAGGUGGAUUCGGUAAAGUCUACAAAGGCCUUAUUGACAGAGGUCAAACAACUGUUGCUGUGAAGAGAUUAAAAUCAAACUCCAUGCAGGGUGCCCGUGAGUUUCUGAUGGAGAUCGAGACGCUGUCCGAGCUUCGGCAUGUGAAUCUGGUUUCUCUUAUUGGUUAUUGCAAUGAGCACGGGGAGAUGAUUCUCGUGUAUGAUUACAUGGCUGGGGGAACAUUGGCAGACCAUCUCGACAAACUUAAGACGACGAGCACGGAUUGUAUUUCUCUAAAUUGGAAACAAUGUCUUAAUAUUUGCGUUGGCGCUGGUCGUGGACUGGACUAUCUCCAUACUGGCCAUGGAGUCAUACACUGUGAUGUAAAAAGUUCAAACAUCUUGCUGGAUGAAAAUUUCGCCGCUAAGGUUUCUGAUUUCGGUUUGGCUAAACAUGAAGACAAAAGCAAGUUACAAAGCCAUGUCAGCACACGAGUUAAGGGCACAAACGGUUACUUGGACCCACAUUACCUCCACACACGUAAACUAACGAGGAAAACUGAUAUGUAUGCUUUUGGCGUGGUGAUGUUUGAGAUAUUGUGUGGAAGACUGGCCGUGGACUUGAGCCUUGUGGAGGACGAACACAUUUUGACCAUAUGGGCUCGUGAUAAAAUAAGUAAGGGAGAGAUUGAUCAGAUACUGGCGCCAAGUUUGAGAGAGGAAAUUUCACCUGCUAGUCUCGAAACAUUUGUUGGGAUUGCGGAAAGAUGCUUGCGUGAUGAUCCAAAGAGCCGGCCAACGAUGUCUCAAGUUGUGCUGCAACUUGAGUUGGCCCUCGAGCAACAGGACCACAAACAACCUCUGGUGUUAAAUGAGACAAAAAGUGCUUCUGAUGACACAAGUCCUGGUAAAGAUGGUAUUUGCGCUUCAGGUUAUACUGAGAAGCCUACAAUGGCUUCCAUAAACAUGCAGAAUUUGGCUCCUCUUGUAGAAGAGCAAACGAGCAGCCAAGUGGCUAAUGCUGGGAGCCGAUCUGUAAGAAAAUAUCAGAGAGAAGACAUGACACGUAGGCCACGACUUUGGCCGUGGGAUGCAUUUUGGAACAGGGGUAAACCAUCCAAAAAAAAUGAUUCUUUAUCAGAAAUUUGGGAGGAAUCAAAUAUAAGAUGCACCAAGUAUGAUUGGGAUACAAUUGCUGCUGCCACCCUUCAAUUCUCCACUUACAAUAGUAUUGGACGGGAUGCAUUUGGUUCUGAUUAUAAGGGUGUUUUACCGACAGGUCAGGAAAUUGCUGUUAAAAGGCUUUCACCAUCUUUGGGAAGAGGCCCCAUCGAAUUUAAAAAUGAGAUUCGUUUACUAUCGAAUCUUCAGCAUCGCAACAUCAUCAAGCUACUCGGCUAUUGCAUGCAUAUGGAAGAGAAGUUGCUUGUAUACGAGUUCGUGUCAAAUACGAGUCUGGAUGCUUUCAUAGGAGACCGAGAGCACAGACACCUCUAUUGGGAAGAACGCUUCAAAAUCAUUGUAGGGAUUGCCCGAGGGCUUGUUUAUCUUCACCAAGAUUCAGGACUCAGGGUCAUUCACAGAGAUCUCAAGUUACGCAAUAUAUUACUGGAUGCCGAGAUGAAUCCUAAAAUUUGUGGCUUUGCCAUUGCAAGGACUUUGGCUGAAAAUCAUUCUGAACUGGAAGCACACGUAGCUGGGACCAUUGGGUAUAUUCCACCAGAAUGUUUGCAGCACGGAAAAGUUUCAGUUAAGUUCGAUGUGUAUAGCUUUGGAGUCCUAAUCCUGGAGAUUGUGAGUGGCAGGGGAAGAAUGAAUGCAUCUUAUUCAGAGCCUAUGCCCUUCUAUGACUAUGCAAGGAAGCUUUGGGAUGAAGGGAAAGCAUGUGAUCUGGUGGAUGAAUCGCUUGAAGGGGCAUUUCUGGAGGAAGAAGCUAUGAGAUGCAUUCAAGUCGGUCUAUUGUGCACCCAAACAGAACCCAAUCUUCGACCACAAAUGGCCAAUGUGCUUAAAAUGUUGGAAGGAAACGAGUUACUAUUGGAUCCACGAGACCCACAACCACAAGCUUUUCAUGGUCCGUUAAAUCUUGAAGACAAUAUUGAAGGGAUUUGUGAUUCAAUCCCAAACUUGACCAAAUUUGAUUGGCAUACAGUUGCCACAGCCACCAAUCAGUUUUCUGUUUCAAAUAAAGUUGGAGAGGCCACGUUUGGGCCACUUUAUAAGGCUGUGUUACCAUCUGGGCAACUAGUUACAGUUAAAAGGCUCACACAACCUUUCAAAAAAGAGAUUCUCUUGCUUCCCAGGAUUCAGCAUAGAAACGUCAUCAAACUACUCGGCUAUUGUAUCCUAGGAGAAGAUAAAUUGCUCGUGUACGAUGGUGUUGCUGAAAGCAUAUCGACUAUUAUAUUUGGUGAUGACCAUGGACGCCAAAGCCUGCCAUGGCCACUACGGUUUAAAAUAAUAAUCAGGAUUGCUCGAGCAGUUGUCGAUUUACAUGACGAAUUUGCUUUCAGUGUCGUUUCACGGGAUCUCACUUCGAAAAAUAUUUUGCUGGACAGUUACAUGAAUCCUAUAUUAUCCAACUUCUAUAGGUUCGCUCAAUCUGAGAUGAGAAGCUCUAGACCGAUUGGAACCUUCGUCUAUAACUCCCCAGAAUAUGAUAUGCGUCGGGAUUUUUCUGUUGAAUCUGUAAUGUACAACUUUGGGAUCAUAGUUAUGGAGAUUGUCAGUGGCAGGCGGAUUUGUACACAGGAUUUUGGCAGCACAUUCUCCCUUGACUAUGUAAGUGUUAAUUGA